AGCAGAGGCGGCAUUGGCUGCGGGAAUAAUUUAAACCAGUGAAACGGGCUCCGAUUGGCUGGCCGCAUCGCUCGCGAGGGGUCCCCGCGCACUAGCCUCGCGGUUGGGUUUAUUGUUUCUCUCCGUCUCGAGCGGAAAAAAUCGUCUCCGUCCUCUCGACUUCUGACAGGAAUUUCAAUUAAAAAAAACUAUAAGCAGCGGAAAAAAUGGCAGGAGGCAAAGCUGGAAAGGACAGUGGCAAAGCCAAGGCGAAAGCAGUCUCUCGCUCCCAGAGAGCUGGCUUGCAGUUCCCAGUGGGUCGAAUCCACAGGCACUUGAAGACUCGCACUACAAGCCACGGGCGCGUGGGAGCGACCGCUGCCGUGUACAGCGCUGCCAUUCUGGAGUACCUGACUGCGGAGGUGUUGGAGUUGGCAGGGAACGCCUCCAAAGAUCUGAAGGUGAAGCGCAUCACUCCUCGUCACUUGCAGCUCGCCAUCCGCGGGGACGAGGAGUUGGACUCGCUCAUCAAGGCUACCAUUGCUGGAGGGGGUGUGAUCCCGCACAUCCACAAGUCUCUAAUUGGGAAGAAGGGGCAGCAGAAGACUGCAUAGAGGAUCUGCUUCCUGUACUGUGUGGUCCUUCCUGUCAGCGUGCUGGAGCUGGGACAGAAGUAGAGUAGGGAUACCUGUGUUUUUUUUGUUUGUUUUUUUUUUUUUAAAAAGCGGUUUUAAAAAAAAAAAAAAGACAAAAAAAAGAAAAGGAGUUUUUAGGUUUGCGUUGUAAUAAAAGUUAAAAAAAAAAAUAA